CCGCCCGCCGAUCAAUGUGUCGUUCUUUCCAUUUCAUGGUUGCCCACGACCUCCAUUCCUCCUUGCUCAUCGUUUGUUCCGACGUCCGGAGGCUUGUCAUGCAUUGUUGACGACGAACACUCAAACAAAUCAUCUUUCGCAGCACUCACAUCAGUCUGGUUUCGAUCUAGGCCGUUGAGCGGUCGUUUCUCAGUUUGGUCGAAAUCGCACACCGUACGAACAUCGGGACCUUGCCUUUAUCAUCUGGUUGUUCAAAAGUAUAUAUUCGUUCUCGGAUUCACUGAAGAUGCUGGCCGCGGCUCGUCCCCUGCUUCCCGCCCCACCGUCAUGGUAUCCAGGACAUAUGACCCAGUUCGCACGCAUGCUUCCGGAUCUCCUUCGACGCACCGACGUCGUUUUGGAACUCAGAGACUCGCGGUUACCUUUGACGAGUAUUAACCCAAACUUUGAAGGAGCCUUGCGGAAGUGGCGUAACGAACGAGGAUUCAUUUCACCACAAAGUUUGGGUACUAAUGUUGCACCAGCUCCCUCGCUACCAUACACCCCAGUGUGUGAGCGGAUAGUCGUGUUUAACAAACGCGAUUUAGUUUCUGGAUGGGGGAUCGAGCCAUUCCGCAAGGCGAUGGCCAAGAAGCACCCUGACCAAUCGACGUUUUUCGCUUCCUGGACGCGUCCGAAAGAUGUCAAGGCACUCAGCGACAUGCUCAUCGACAUCGCUAGAAGGAACACGCAUGCCCCCGAACUUAAUGUCCUUGUGGUAGGCAUGCCAAAUGUCGGGAAGUCGACGCUACUUAAUGCCCUCCGAAAUAUUGGCAUUGCUGGUCCGACACCAAAGGCCCUGCGAACAUCGGCUCAACCUGGCCUGACUCGCGCUCUGUCCACACGCCUCAAGCUGUCGGUCGACCCGCUAGUGUACGCGUUCGACUCCCCAGGCGUGAUGCUACCGUUCCUUGGACAAGGCGACCGUGGCGCUGAGCGCGGCGUCAAGCUCGCUCUCAUAGCGGGUAUCAAGGAAGGUCUGUACGACAUCGAGUCCCUCGCGGCGUAUUUACUCUACCGACUCAACAUCCUGGAUCCUAUUUCGCCGGCGUACUUGGAAAUUCUUCCGCCUUCGACUGCGCCGCUAACAGACGUGCUCGAGUUUCUCGAUACACUAGGCAGACGGCUAGGUAUGCUCCGGAAAGGCGGGAUCGUGGACACGACGCGGUCUGCGGUCUGGUUCAUCAAGUGGUGGCGAGAAGAAGGCUGUCGAACGGCCGCGAGCACGCCUCUUCUCACGUCGUUUGCAGCGGACGCUGUGCCAGGAAGUCGGACACACAGACGCGGAUGGGGAUUUGACCUUGAGUGGAGUGUGGAAGAGUCGGAGCUAGAGCGGUACGACAAGUCAAUGAUUCAGGCAAAAAUGGAGGAGUGUAUCGACACGUACGAGGCGGAGUUGAUGGAAGAGGAGCGCGAGGGUGGGGGCAUCAGUUCGACCCAGCAGAAGAAGCAUCUUCGGGAUGAACAGCUAGCAAAGAGAGCCGCAAAAACGAAGGCAAAGAUGGCUAGGAGUCGCUAAAAACACGACAGGCGUGCUCUCUCUCCUGGACGUGCCAGAUGGCGUUCUUUACCAGUUGACGGUCAGUAUAUUCCGACAUGAUGCUGAUGUAUCUUCCUGACGAUGCGCCCCACUUAUAGGCUGUGUAGAUGUGUAUACUAAUACAUACCGACCGCAAUUUUAGCAGAAGUACCCUUACUCGUAGGCCAUCUUUACCUGAGACCUGAUAUGUGCAAGAGGCGUUUUUCUUGCACCGCGCAGGUGGUUC